GUGCGGCUUGAACCUCCGUCGCGAACGCAUCGUACCGUCGUGAGGGGAGGGAGGGGCGCCGUCGCGAGCCAAGUCUAUCAGCUCCGCGACAAUCCGAUCGGCACGACGAGGACGACGACGGCGACGCGAGCGGCCAGCCGGCUCGGACCUAGCGUGUGAUUGUGCGUGUGCGCGAGUGCUGUGGGGAGUGCUGUGGGGAGUGCCACCGGCGGGGAGUGCCACGAUGAGCGCCCCGUGAGUGAUGCCCGGCGAUGGCGCCGGGCGGGUGAUGGCCACCUCGGCCAGCCCGGCCCCGGCCGUCUGCUGCCUGGCCGUCCCCCCGACAUGGUGACGGCCGGCCGCGGCGCGCCCUCCCGCUGCACGCUCCUGCCCCUGACCCUCCUGGCCGUGGUGCUGGCCACGGCGUGCCGCGGCGCCGUGGUGCUGGGGCAAGCCGACGACGUCCGCGACAUGACGCCCGUCGCCGCGAGCCGCCCGCGCCACCACCACCACCACGACGACUGGAUCCCCGUCCCCGACGACGGGGGCGGCGAAGACGACGAGCCCGGCGCGUUCCGGACGCGGCGGGCGCUGCGCCGGCAUGAAGACGCCUCACCUCCCGACGACGGGGACCUGGGGGCGGCUUCGGGGGCGGGAGCCCCGGGAGGGGCCGCGCGCCAGGAGCGCCAGGAGCGCUCCGCCAACUUGUCGCACAUUGCGGGUGCCGGCAGGAAGAUCAUGAUGUACGUGAGGAACAGGCACCUGCAGAUCCUACCCGACGGCACCGUCAACGGCACCGACCACGAGGGCAGUGAUUACGCCGUGCUCCAGAGGACGUCAGUCAAUAAAGUGCAAGUGAAGAUGCAGGGGAUAGCGACGUGCCUGUUCCUCUGCAUGGACGCCUGCGGACUGCUCUACGGCUCGAGGGAGCUGACGGACGACUGCGUGUUCAAUGAGAUGCUGGAGCAACACUACUACAACACGUACUCGUCAGCCAAGUACAGCGGCACAGGCCCCCGGGGCCGUAGCCUGUACCUGGCACUGGACCGACGGGGUGCUCCCCGGCGGGUGCAGCUCCGGAAGGAUGCGCCACAGGGGCGACUGGCCGCCUACACCCGUGUCCUCACCAAGCCCGUGGCAGCCGAGCGCGUGGCCGACCUGCUCACCCGACUGCGUGGGGGUGGUGCAGGGACGCCCAUGGGGACGGGGGCGGCACCGCACUUUCGGCACCGGGGCCACCACGCGGCGUGCCCGCCCCAUGGUCACCCGGAGGCCACACCCCGGAGGCCACGGCGAUGUCCGCGCCCCGGGCCAGCGGCAGGGCCACGGAAGCACGGCGUCGGCGUGGUGGCGCGGCGACGCACCACGACAACAGCCCCCGCGACCCCCGCGCCCGCCUUCAGGCCGCCGUCGGCGCCGGUGGUGCCUCCUAUGGCGCUCCCCCUCCCUGCCGCGCCAGCGCCACCUCUCGCGGGAGCGCGCCCGUCGCGGCGGAAGUGCGAGGCGACCGAGGAUGAAGACCUGUGCCACAAGCGGCUGCAGAUGAUCGCCGCUAAGAAGCGCAAAUCUAGGAAUGAGAAAAAACAGCACUUGUCGCACCACAAACGACUUAAGGUCGUCAGAAAGACGUCGGUUUCUCAUGCCGUCCCUAGUACGCCUGCUUUAACAAACGGCACAACACUCUCAACCACGACCACUACUGCAGUACCCCCCAUAGAGAUCCUUGUGGCGCACCCCGCACUCCAGAGAUCCCAACCCACGACGACGACGUCAACCACGUUCACGCCGCCGACAGCUGGGCUGCUACACGAGGGCGACACGUCGGAAGAGGAGGAAGGCGAUGAGGAUGGAGAGGAACACGAUGAAUCAGUUACCAUGACGACAGAGGCGUUCACCACCACAGCGUCGCUAGAGGAGCCGGUGACGGCGGCGGGCGCAGUGGUGGUCGACGACCCCUAGCUGGUGCUGAGCGUCGUGGCCCUGGGCGUGAUCGUGGGCGCGGCCCUCUGGGGCCAUGGCGCUCGUCUGAUGGGUGACCCAGACUAAGGGUGCAACCAGGCUUGUGGGGCUGAGCCCCUGCGGGAGGCUGCAGGUGUGUAAGCAUACUUCUCGACGGAGCCAGGCGGAGCGGUCGCACACACAGUAGAAUAAGGCCCAGUGCUGCACUUCCCGACAUGUGGAACCCUUCCUUCCUCUACCAACAGUAUUACUGUAGAUAUCAUCUUUCUGUGAUGACAUGAACGCAUCCAAUCUCCUUUUAGCAAUCACAAAAGGAUGAGUAAGCAAAUUAUUAUUAUUACCAACAAUGUAAUAAUAAAAAGCUUAAGUAUUAUUAUAAUUAUUACCAAUUAUGUAAUCCCUGCCCGCUAGUCCGCACGCACUGCCUUACAACUCAUCCUGUCUUCCAUGCUCGCAAAACAUUCAUAUUCAUUUUUUUUAUUUAUUUUUUUUACAAAAUUGAAAACGUGAAGAAAUACGUAAAACAGUGCUGUGAGGUGGUCUGCACGCGGACUUGUUAAUAAUGUGAUGAUUCUUUUACAAAGGACUUGUGAGCUCUAACAGUCAAGAGAGCCAAUUAACAUAAUGCCUAUACACUCCACAAUAUGUGCCAUUAUUUGUAUAAGGAUGUUUCUUUUUGUAUAAUAUAUUGUACAUUGCUUCCUGUUUGAGUUGAGAAGACAGGAUAUAAUAUAGGUAAAGUAAAGGUAAUUUUAUGUCAAAUCUCAUUCUGAGAACAAGAGCAAAUGCCUUCAAGCAUACGUCUUGUCUCAAUAAAACCAGUCUUUAAGAAAAGAG